UUUUGAGGUCAAAAUCAUGCGCAGGCGCGCCCAUGAUCGGAUGAGUGCUCGGAUGAGUGAUCGGAUGAGCGCUAUGUCACAAUCACGGCGGGCCUCACAUGGAUUGGGCCGCUUCUAUCACACCUGGCAUGAAGGUUACGACACGCGUCCAUAUCACCAAUCAGCUAAAGCGGUAGGACGAGUGCUACGUCCACCAUGCCGAGAUAUCAAGCACCGCGCAGGCACAAUUACGGGCAUCACAUCAUUGAUCUGCCUUAUUUUCUCGUCCACCUGGACAAGAACAUUCGCCACGGGAAGUAUGGGGGUCACGGGUCGGACGCUAUCGUCCCUUCCGCAAUCGAUAUUGGCAAGCCGCCGCAUUGGUUCUGGUGUGCGUUAAGAAGAACCUGUUUGCCCCUGCCCUGAAUGUUCGCCAUAUCCCGUCUCUGUAUCCAUUCACGACCAGCACGCUAGAGAUCCGCCAUGCAUUCUACGCGGCUCUUCUUCUCAGGCGCUAUUCUUCUGUAUCUCUAUUCAGUCCAUUGCACGCCCCUCGGACACCCAGUGCACAAUGAUGUAGGAAGCUGCCGAAAGACCAAGGUCGCUGUGCUUGGAGCGGGCAUGGCCGGAAUCACGGCUGCGAAAACCCUGAGCGAUAGGGGCAUCAGGGACUUCAUCAUCGUCGAGCGCAACGAUCGUAUCGGCGGUCGCGUCUGGUCCGUUCCGUUCGGCCAUAGAGGGGGGCAAGCAGGAGGAGUCCCGUAUGUAGUCGAGCUAGGCGCCAAUUGGGUCCACGGGACGAAGAAUGAUAAUCGGCCCGAAAACCCAAUCUUCUCGCUGGCUGAGAAACACGACCUCGCAUCCCAUCUUUCGAACUACUCCAACGCCUUGGUCUUUGAUAGCUCCGGCGCAGUGGAUCCAGAUACAGUGGUGAAUCUAACCUCUGAAUUUGAGUUAGCCUUUAGCGAGACGAAAAAAGACGCUGACGUUAUGCUAUUGAACGGUCUCCCAGACCGAAGUCUGCGCAACGGCCUUCUUGAACAACAUUGGGAUCCUCAAGGUGACCCUCUCAAGCUUGUUAUGGAAUGGUAUGCCGUCGACUUUGAAUUGGCGCAAACAGCUGAUGUUUCAUCCCAACUCUUCAGUACUGUUGCAUCAAUGUCAACGCAUGCCUAUUUCUCGGAAGACAAUCUCCUUGUGAAUGAUCCAAGGGGCUACGAAACCAUUAUUCACGAAGAGGCAAAGGAGAUCUUGGGUGAGGACCUAGAUGACAGCCGGCUGCUUCUCAAACACAGGGUCUCCCAUAUCGAUAACACCGACAAUUCAAAAAUUAUCGUGUGGACCGACAGAUCUGGCGCUGGAGGCUGUAUCGAGGCCGAAUACGCCAUAAUGACCUUUAGUCUCGGCGUCCUUAAACAGCCCGACGCUGUCCAAUUCUACCCGAAACUCCCGACUUGGAAGAAAAGAGCGAUCAACAAGAUGCAGAUGGGCACCUACACCAAGAUCUUCAUGCAAUUCCCACCCGACGAUGUUUUCUGGGACAAGUCUGUCCAGUUCCACGUUCAUGCUUCGGAGAAGAAAGGCUACUAUCCGGUGUUUCAAAACCUUGAUCACAAGGACUUCUAUCCCGGCAGUGGCAUUCUCUUCGCAACUGUCGUUGGUGAUCAGGCACUCCGGGUCGAACGGCAGGCCGAUGAGGAGACGAAAGAGCAGCUCAUGCAAGUUUUACGGGAAAUGUUCCCAGAAAAGAACAUACCGAAGCCGCUGGACUUUUACUAUCCCCGUUGGAGCACCACUGACUGGGCUUAUGGCUCAUACUCCAAUGUCCCACCCGGCAUGACGCUUGAAAUGCGGGAGAACCUGCGCGCUAAUGUUGGUCGCCUUUGGUUUGCUGGCGAGCAUACGAGCAUCAACUGGUUUGGCUUCCUCCAGGGCGCGUAUUUUGAGGGCCAGAAGAUCGGCGAGAGACUUGCUGCUAGGUUGAACGGCGAUACGAUCGGCGGGGAGGAAUUGAAGUACUAUGCGGUACCGAACAAGACGACGGACCCUAGCGAGUGGAACGACGAGAAUGGUGUUGAGGAGGGUACUCUGAAGACACUGGCCCUGUUCAUGAGUGAAGAAGGGGCUGAGGCUUGAAGUGUCCAAGUUCAAUUCAUGUAGGGAGGAUAUCAUCGAAG